AUGCUCACUACAUCUUUAACCACUUCAACUCCACCACUCUUACUUAAACCAAUUCCAUCUUAUCAUCAUCUUUCAUCAGAUAAUAUCCUUCAAGCUUUUGUUCGUACCAACACCUUGGCUCAACUUGGAGUAUGUAAAAAUGAUUGGGUUUUACUUUAUUCGACUUCAAAUCAAGAACCUAUCAGAUUAAUCAAACUCUCAGUUCCUUCAAACCCAUCCAGGCUUUUAUCAGAUCAAAUCUUGAUCUCUCCAAUCUUGAUUAUUAAAUUACAUGAUCUCAUUCCGAUUCCUCUGGAUACUCGUUUGUCUCAUUUUCUUCCUUUGAACAGUACUACAAAUGAUGAACUAGGAUUGAUGGAGAAUCCUAAUCUUUUAGACAUCGAUCUAGAUCUUGGUCCACCUCAAACGAUAAUUUAUUUCAAAGUGACCCAUUUAGAAUGUUUUCCUACUUCAAUCCCACCAGUUUUUAAAUCUAGUGAUCCAAAAGAUUUUAAUAAGUUAAAUCUUAAAGAAGAAGUCACGAAUCCGAUUGAAGAAGUAGAAGAAGAUCCAGAGAUGAGUGACUUACUUGAAAAAGCAAAACUAGGUGCGAUUCUAGAUCCUAAUUUAACUAAACUCGUGCAAACUGGAGUAGAACAAAGUUAUGUUCCUAAUUUAGCUUCGUCACUUGGUUUACGUGGAUUACCUCCAUUCGAUCCUUUGAAUCUGGAUGAUGAACCUACUAGAAAGUUAUACGAAAUCUUACGAUCAAGUUCACAAGCUGAUGCAACCCAAUAUGAUUUACCAUCAACCAUCUUGAUUAAUGGUCAGAGAGGAGUCGGCAAACGAAGAUUGGUUUCACAAGUCACCUCUGCCUUAGGUUAUCAUUUAGCAGACCUUAGUACGUUUUCGAUUAUCGGCGAAACAGAGAUCAAAACAUCAGCUUUAUUAGAAUCUUGGAUCGAAAGAGUCACUUUGGCUGGACCAUGUGUCUUGUUCUUAAGACAGAUUGAAGGGAUUGCAAGAAAGAUUCAAAGUAUCGAAACAGGUGGUCGAGAACCUUCGUUAGUGAGGAUCUUGGAUGAAGCAUUAAAAGGAUUGAAAGAGAAAAAACCCAAGUUUCCGGUGAUCUUGAUUGGUAGUACAUCUGAACUUGAUCAAAUCUCAAUGGGAUUAUUGAAUUUGUUUAAAUUAAAACUGAAUGUUUUAGCACCUAAUGAACAUCAGCGGAUUCGAAUUUUAAAAACUUUAACUGAAAGAGAUUUGAUUUCAAUAGAUGUGAAUUUUGAUUUAUUAGGUAGAGAAACCAGUUCAUUGGUUGCGAAAGAUUUAGUUACACUUGUAAGUAAGACUCGAUAUAAUGGAAUGAAACGAACGAUCUUACAACGAAAAGUUUUAAUGGAAGAUCUCAAAGGGUCAGGAGGGAUUCAAUUAAAUCAAGAGGAUUUUGUAAACUCAUUAAAAGAGAUUCGAAAAGGAUAUUCCGAUCGGAUUGGAGCUCCAAAGAUUCCAAAUGUGAGAUGGGAAGAUAUUGGAGGAUUAAAAGAAGUGAAAUCGGUGAUUUUAGAAACCUUAAGUUUACCAUUAAACCGACCUGAAUUAUUUGCAAAUGGAUUGAAAAAACGAUCUGGAAUCUUAUUAUUCGGACCACCUGGAACAGGUAAAACAUUGAUUGCCAAAGCGGUAGCUACAAGUAUUGGAAUGAAUUUUAUGAGUGUCAAAGGACCUGAAUUGUUAGAUCAAUAUAUUGGAGAAUCUGAAUCGAAAGUUAGAAAGGUGUUUGAGAAAGCAAAAGAAUGUAAACCGAGUGUGAUCUUUUUUGAUGAGUUGGAUUCAUUGGCUCCUAGAAGAGGUAAUCAAGGUGAUAGUGGUGGAGUGAUGGAUCGGAUCGUGAGUCAAUUAUUAGCUGAAUUAGAUUCGAUUUCGAACGUCAAUAAAGUGUUUGUGAUUGGAGCGACUAAUCGACCUGAUUUACUGGAUCCGGCUUUACUUAGACCUGGUCGAUUUGAGAAAUUGGUUUAUCUAGGAGGCAUCGAAACGGAUGAGAAUCGAUUAGAAGUGAUUAAAGCCUUAACACGUAAGAUGAAAUUAGAUGAAGAUGUAAGAUUAGAAGAGGUAGUGAAAAGAUUAAAUCGUCGGUGUCAAGUUGGAAAUGGAAAGAUGAUUGUCACUGGAGCUGAUCUUUAUUCGAUUUGUUCGGAUGGAAUGAUGAGAUCGAUGAGAAGGAUUACGAAUGAGAUUGAAGUGAAUCGAAAGAGAAGAGGAUCGGAUGAAGAACUUGAAGGGGUUCAAGAGGUUUUGAUCAAACAAGAAGAUUUCAUUGGAGCUAUUGAGGAUUGGAAGAGUAGUGUUAGUGAGAAUGAAAUGAAACAUUAUAAGGCGGCUCAAUUGAAGUUUACUAAAGAAGGAAACUUGUUAACUGGAAUGGAUCAGGAUGAGAAACAUGAAGAAGAAGGAAUGGGUAAAGAAGGAAAUGGGAAUGGAGGAGAUGUGAAUGGAGAGUUUGAGCAUGAAGGCAAGGGGAAGGGGAAGGGGAAACAAAAAGAAUUUGAGAAUGGGAAUGGGAAUGGGAAAGAGAAUGGGAAAGAGAUGGAGAAUGGAAAAGGUAAAGGUAAAGGUAAACAAAAGAUGAUUUGA